ACAAGUGUGGGAAGCCGUGGAAGACAUAAGCUUUUCCCCUGGUCUUUCAGCUAAGUAGCACCUCUGAGAUGAUGAGUUACUAUAUGGACACAACCAUCGGCAACACAGCCCCUUAUCCUUUGGCUCGCCCUGGAGUGAUGCAAGGUGCCGCCGGCCCCUGUGAGGAUCCCUGGGUGACCUGCGGCUUUCAGUCCGCCUGCUGCCAGCCGAGGACAUGCUGCCCGCUCUGGGAUGAGCCUGCCACGCAAGAAGUGCCCACCGGCCUGGAGCACUACAGCACGGAUAUGGAAUGUGCGGAUGUGCCUUUAUUAACUCCUAGCAGCAAAGAAAUGAUGUCUCAGGCAUUGAAAGCCACCUUCAGUGGCUUCGCAAAAGAGCAACAGCGGCUGGGAAUCCCCAAAGAUCCCCAGCAGUGGACGGAGACACACGUGCGGGACUGGGUGAUGUGGGCGGUGAACGAAUUUAGCCUGAAGGGAGUGGAUUUCCAGAAGUUCUGCAUGAACGGAGCUGCCCUCUGCGCCCUGGGCAAGGAGUGCUUCCUGGAGCUAGCGCCUGACUUUGUGGGAGAUAUCCUUUGGGAACAUCUGGAGAUCUUGCAGAAAGAAGAGGUAAAACCGUACCCAGCAAAUGGAGUGAAUACAACAUAUCCAGAAUCCCGCUAUACUUCAGACUACUUCAUUAGUUAUGGCAUCGAGCACGCACAGUGCGUGCCUCCCUCCGAGUUCUCCGAGCCCAGCUUCAUCACAGAGUCCUACCAGACCCUCCAUCCCAUCAGCUCGGAAGAGCUCCUGUCCCUCAAGUACGAGAACGACUAUCCCUCGGUCAUCCUGCGUGACCCAGUGCAGACAGACUCCCUGCAGACAGACUACUUCACGAUCAAGCAAGAAGUGGUAACGCCAGACAACAUGUGCAUGGGACGUGCCAGUCGAGGUAAACUUGGAGGCCAGGACUCCUUCGAGAGCAUAGAGAGCUACGAUAGCUGCGACCGCCUGACGCAGUCCUGGAGCAGCCAGUCCUCCUUCCAGAGCCUGCAGCGUGUCCCCUCCUAUGACAGCUUUGACUCGGAGGACUACCCCGCCGCCCUGCCCAACCACAAGCCCAAGGGCACCUUCAAGGACUAUGUUCGAGAUCGGGCUGAUAUGAACAAGGACAAGCCUGUCAUUCCUGCUGCUGCCCUUGCUGGCUACACAGGCAGUGGACCCAUCCAACUGUGGCAAUUCCUGCUGGAACUGCUCACUGACAAGUCCUGUCAGUCCUUCAUCAGCUGGACGGGCGAUGGCUGGGAAUUCAAACUUUCUGACCCAGAUGAGGUGGCGAGGCGAUGGGGCAAGAGGAAAAACAAACCCAAGAUGAACUACGAGAAGCUGAGCCGUGGCUUGCGCUACUACUACGACAAGAACAUCAUCCACAAGACGGCCGGGAAACGCUACGUCUACCGUUUUGUCUGCGACCUGCAGAGCCUGCUGGGCUACACGCCCGAGGAGCUCCAUGCUAUGCUGGACGUCAAGCCGGAUGCCGAUGAGUGAAGGUGGCUGGCCGGGGUGGAGGGUCACCCCGUGUCAUCUUGGCGAGUUGAUGGGACUUUUUCUGUUGGUUCUUUUUUAUUUUUGCUGUUCUUUUUGUUGUUCGUUGUUUUUUUUUUUUUUUAAAGGGCAACUCCUAUUUGAUGCUUUGAGGGUGUUGGGAGAGAGGGUGGUGGAAGAAGCAAACUUUUGGCUGAAACCUAAAAAGUUUGGUUCAGAGAAGGAUGGGCUUUUUUUUUUUCCUGAAAGCUCCAAGACAGGCUUUUUUGGGGUGAAAUUCUGAGUUUUAAGAAAGCCAGAAAAAUGUAGCUCACUUAAAAAAAACCCAACCCCUUCCCCAUCCCUUGUUGUUUAGAAAAAAUAUUAUCGAAUGGAUCCCUUCGGUUUUUGUGUUAUUCGCACACAAACUGACAGUUCAGGAAAUGACAGUG